AAGAAGACAGCAAUAAUAGCGAAGCCGACGUUUCCACAGAAGAGAGAGAAAGCUCGCUCCUUUCUCUCUCUAGCCAUCCCGUUUUCACAGAAGAGAGAGAAAGCUCUCUCCUUUCUCUCUCUAGCCAUCCCCUCCAUCCCCCUUCCCUCUUCUCUCUCUAGAUUCUCUCUCUAGGAGCGGCGAUUCGAGGGGGGGCCGGGGGGAGGAAUCGGCGGCCGGUUGCGGUGGCGGCGGGCGGCGGUUGGCGGCGGGGGGGCGAUGGCGGACACGUUCUGCAGGGACUGCAACAAGCAGACGGAGGUGGUGUUCGACCACGCGGCGGGGGACACCAUCUGCUCGGAGUGCGGCCUCGUGCUGGAGGCGCACUCCAUCGACGAGACCUCCGAGUGGCGCACCUUCGCCAACGAGUCCAACGACAACGACCCCGUCCGCGUCGGCGGGCCCUACAACCCGCUCCUCACCGACGGCGGCCUCUCCACCGUCAUCUCCAAGCCCAACGGCUCCUCCGGCGAGUUCCUCAACUCCUCCCUCGGCAAGUGGCAGGGCCGCGGCGCCAACCCCGACCGCAACCUCAUCCAGGCCUUCAAGUCCAUCGCCAUCAUGUCCGAUAGGUUGGGACUCGUGACGACGAUAAAGGACCGAGCGAAUGAGAUAUACAAGAAGGUAGAAGAUCAGAAACCUCUGAAAGGUCGAAAUCUAGACGCGAUAUUGGCUGCGUGCCUCUAUAUUGCUUGUAGGCAAGAGAACAAACCUCGUACAGUGAAAGAAAUAUGCUCUGUCGCCAAUAAUGCUACGAAAAAGGAAAUUGGCCGAGCAAAAGAGUUCAUAGUAAAGCUGUUGGAGGGUGAGAUGGGUCAAUCUGUAGAAAUGGGAGCCAUACAUGCUGCAGAUUACAUGAGACGUUUUUGCUCCAAUCUUGGAAUGACGAAUCAAGAAGUCAAGGCUGCCCAGGAAGUUGUCCUGAAGUCUGAAGAGCUUGACAUAAGGAGGAGCCCUAUAUCCAUCGCAGCAGCUGUUAUCCACAUCAUAACUAUGCUGUCUAAUGACAAAAAGCCUCUUAAAGAUAUUUCAGUGGCUACUAGAGUAGCCGAAGGGACUAUUAAGAAUUCCUACAAGGAUCUUUAUCCUCAUCUGUCAAAGAUAAUUCCCAGCUGGUUUGCCAAGGAGGAGGACCUCAAGCACCUCCCCAACCCUUAAAAUGCAUCGAAGGGCGUGUCUACAAGCGCGAUAAGAGGGGGACAAUCAAUUCGAUGGGCGUGGUAAAUUCCAUGAGCUACGAGUGUCGCAAAAUCUAUUUUCACGAACUUCAGACAUCGCUGCCAUGUUGGUUGGUAGUAUGUUGCUCCGACGCAUCUAUUCCUGUGGGAAUGGGUACGAGAAUUGUGCCUCUGAAGUCAUUAUUUGGUCACCGACUACUGUAGAUGGGAAGCGAACUGGUUUGCACUGGCUGUAGACUACAAAUCUAAUGCCGGGGUUGAAAAGAGAAUGAAGACUACGUCCACGGAACUUCAUUUCCUGUCUUGUCCACUUAAUCCCCUCGUGAAGCUCGACCAGAUUGAGGCCCAUGCGUGUGGCGCGUAUGGAUGUCAAAUGGUCAAACAAGAGUCGAGAGAUGGAAAAUAGAAGCAAGUCCUAGUUUGAAUAAGAUAGACCGUAUCAAAGCAAGAGAGGGAAACUUUCUUUUUUAUUUUACUUCUGAUCA